UGUUUGCUAGCUGACAACAGUGUGCUGUCACACAGAGUUUACUGGGAUGUUUUAAAAGAUGGUGAGUAAAGAUUCCCUCCUGUCAUCAAACCGGGCGGCGUGAGGGCUUCGGUGAAGGAGGACCGGUUUGCCUUUCUUACUGAGUGGUAUGACCCCACCUCCGCCCUCCUGCGGCGUUACCAACUGUUUUACUACCCCAGAGAUGGCUCAGUAGAAAUGUUUGAUGUAAAGAACCAGCGGAUAUUUCUGAGAAGGACCAAAUACGAUGACAUCCAUCAGGAGGACUUAUUUAUUGGGAAUCGAGUGAACGUGUUCUCACGACAGCUACAUCUGAUCGAUUAUGGGGAUCAGUACACAGCAAACAAACUCGGCAGUAAAAAAGAAAGAACGCUUGCUUUGAUAAAGCCAGACGUAGUCACCAAGAUCGGAGAUAUCCUUGAGCUGAUCUACUCCUCCAACCUGAUAGUGACCAAAGCCAAGAUGACAAGGCUCACGUGGAGCCAGGCAGCUGACUUUUACACUGAACAUCAAGGCAAGCCGUUCUUUAAUAACCUAGUGCAGUUUAUGUCCUCGGGCCCGGUGGUUGCCAUGGAGCUGAUGGGUGAUGAGGCCAUGUCUAUCUGGAGGGGGCUCUUGGGAACUGCAGACCCUGCUGUGGCGCGGAGGGAGGCGCCACAGAGCGUCCGUGCCCAAUUUGGAACAGAUGGCAUCAAAAAUGUCGGGCAUGGCUCCGACUCACCCGCUGCAGCAGCGAGAGAAACUGAAUUUUUCUUCCCUUCCACGAUUGGGCACGGUCCCCCUAACACAGCCGUCUUUACGGACUGCACAUGCUGCAUCAUCAAACCCCACGCCAUAUCCGAAGGUCUGGCUGGGAAGAUCCUGAACUCCAUAUCCACUGCUGGAUUUGAGAUCUCAGCUCUUCAGAUGUUCAACAUGGACCGGGUGAACGCCGAAGAGUUCUUUGAAGUCUACAACGGCAUCGUCACAGAGUAUCCUAACAUGGUGACCGAGCUGUGCUCUGGACCCUGCAUGGCCCUGGAGAUUCAUGGCACAGACGCACCAAAGACCUUCAGGGAGUUCUGUGGCCCUGCUGAUCCGGAAAUUGCACGGCACCUUCGUCCAACCACGCUGCGCGCCCUGUACGGCAAAGACAAAGUGAAAAACGCCGUCCACUGCACUGACCUCCCCGAAGACGGUGUUCUAGAGGUGCAGUAUUUCUUCAAGAUUUUGGAUGGAUGAAAACCAUGUUGAACUACACAGUCAAACACGUCCAGUUUUCUCAUUUUUCUGUUUAUUGUUCCAGCCUUAUGCAGAUUAAAUAAAGUAACAAGAGCAGA